CCACCUCACGCACCCCUCGCUCGCUAGCUACAGUUCCACCACCAAAUCGACCACCGCCGACUCCUCCGGCGAGAUGCCGCUCCCGCUCCGUCGCCUCUCGCCCCCCCUACGCCGCUCCCUCUCCACCGCCGCGUCGCGCCCCGCCUGGGCGAUGGUCUACCGGAUCUCGACGGCGGAGGAAUCGGCGCGGGGCGCGUCCCUGUCGCUCGCCCCGCCCCCGCUCCCCUCCCGCGUCACCGUCCCCAAGCGGGCCUUCGCUCUGGACGCCCUCCCGCCCGCCGACCGCCGCUUCAUCAACGUCUUCGGCAGCAGCGUCCUCGCCGCGAGCGGCCACGGCCUCCUCCUGCUCGGCGCCUACAAGAACCGCGCCAACGCCUUCGAAAUGUUCGAGGGCCGGGCCCCGUCCGCCGUCCCGUUCGAGGUCCUCGACCAGGUGUACGAGCGCUGGUGCUGCUCCGACCCGAUGAGGCUGGCCCGCUUCGUCUGCAACCCCGUCACCGGCGAGAUGGCUCGCCUCCCGGACUUCGACGGCACGGAGGACGCCUUCGCCGCGUCCACGGGCCUCCUCACCCACGCCGACGGCGGGCACGGGCCGCCCAAGAGGUACGCCGCAGCGCAGCUCAGCGUGGUCGACCGCGGACGCCGAUUCCUGUUGCGCCGGCUCACUUCAGAGACAGGAAAGUGGGACGAGUUGGUGCUGCCGUCCCCGCUGCCGCCUGGGCGCCGGAUGCACAUGAACCACGAGGUGCUGGACUUCGGGGGCCGGCUCUGGUGGGUGGACGUGAGCUGGGGCGCCGUCCACGUCGAUCCGUUCAGCGACCGGCCUGAGCUCUGCCCCGUCGAGCUGCCAGGAGGCAGCAUGCUUCCUAACCAACAGAGCGCUAUAGAGAUGUGGCAGCUCCUCCUACACAGGCGCAUGGGGGUCAGCGACGGCAGGCUGCGGUUUGUCGAGGUUUCUGAGGACGAGCCCUUCCGCAUCAAGUCGUUCAAGCUGGACGGCGAGAGUGGCCGCUGGACGCUGGAGCAUCAGGUGUCGUGGAGAACUCUCUAUUCCGAUGCCAAGGCGACGCCUUUGAUUGCUGCCAUUGAUCCACUCGACCCCGACUCGCUGUAUUUCACCGUGCUUGUGGGCAAGGCAUCAUGUUUAAGCGUGGAUCUCUCUGUGCCUGUGGCCAAAGCAUUAUGUUUAGGCGUGGACAUGCGCUCAAAGACACCGAUUGAGUCUAUGACAUUAGGUGGUGGCGGUGUUCAUCCAAGCAAGUGCAACUCAAGCUUCGUUCUGCCAUGUGUGCUCCCCUCAUUUCUCGGAUCAAGCUCGAUUCCAGGCAAGAACGACCUGUCGAAAAACAAGACUGGCAGAUGUUCUAGUUCGUUCAGACAAACACCCGAAGGCCUGAAGAGUACCGAUUUACCAGCUAACGAAUAUCUGGAUACAAGUCAUCUGAUCAACUAGGAAGCCGAUGGUGGAUGGAUGUUUACCAAGCUCUCAUUUUGGGGAAUACAUGGAGAAGUUUGGGUUUGCUGUAGUUAGCUGCUGCACUUGUCUCGUUUUGGGGAAAUUUGUGGGAGUGCUUCCAGUUCACACUAGAACAUUCCAGUGGUUUAAUCAGCGUGUAGUGAUCAUCAGAGAACACCACCAUGCUUGCUCUGUUUACCCGCCCACUCUGUUGUGAGGCGGCAGCUUUGAGCCUUUGACGAAGUGAUGUUUGUUUUCCGUUGUGUAAAGUUGGAGGAUCUCCUGCGAUGAUAGAAACGACGUCAUCGUAAUGCUUA